UUGUGUCUAUAGACUAUUUCACAACCGUCCCUAAAGCGAGCGGAAAACAAUAAGUUUUCUUCUGGAGACUGAGGGCCUGACGUCCAGUAUUCAAGCUGUAAAACCUCCUGACCAAUCACAGUUCACUCCUUUUACUUAUAUGACUACUUCUAACAGUAACAGUGCACAUGCAGAAUCAUCCGAGGUGUGUUUUAUCAGUACUGAGAGACACCUUGUGCUUCUGAUGAAAGAUGAACAGCCUCCAGUUACCGAAGCAGACCAGCUCAGUCUUUAUCUGACAGAUGGUACAGGUGGGUCUCCCCCUCCAGCCAGACCCGGUCUUCCUGACUGCAAGCAGCUGGGGAAUUCUCCCAAGGACGAGGCUGCUGAUAGCUGCAGUCUUUCUGCUGGAAAUAAGGAAGAUGAGGAGGUCAGAUGUCAGUCUGAUUGCACUUCUAAAGACGCAGUGCAUGGCACAGGUCUCUGUAAUACACGGAGCCAAUUUGCUGAAGUUCUGGAGACUAAUCAGAGGAGAGAGGAGCUUGAUUUCAGCAGGGCAGAGGGUGAGAGUCCCAUAUCUUCCAGGGAUUAUGCUGAAUUUAAACCACUCUACUCAGAGUCUGAAAAGGACCCUUCUGGGAACUUGGCAGAAGGUGGAAAAAAAGGAAAGAACAAAUUGGAAGUACAGAUUUAUGAGAAUGAAAAUGUCUCCAUUUGUAAGGGAGAAACAAAAGGCCGAGGUAAUGAGAGCAAAACCUUCAUCCCCUCUGCUGCAAAAUGUGAUGAGGGAUCAGUUCUUUGUAAUGAUGUGGUUUUAAUCGGAAAUAUUGCAGCUGAAAAAGCAAGUCUUGAAGUUGAUAACCACAGCGGGGCUGAUCACGAAGAGUCUGCCGAAGGAGAUAAUGAUGAAGACCCAUUUUGUGUAAUUGACCCUGCAAUCAGGAGUGAAGCUGACGAGGAGGCUGAGGGGAUGAACGCUAACUCAGACGGCACUGCAGGUAAAGAAAAAGUCUGCGGGAUGGAAGCACCUCUUCCACUUUGCUCUGACGUAGGGACGUUACAGAAGGUUUCAUCUGCAGACCAGGCCGAGCAGUUUGAUCAGCAAAGCCGAACACAACCCUGCAGAGCUAAAAAUGAGGUUCACUGUCAGUCAUAUGCAGAAUUGCACGCUUGUUCUGUAAAUAACGAAACCUGUGACAUAACUGGAGACGAAGGCAGCUGUCAGUGGAAAUCUAGUCCGUUAAAGCCCCCUCCUGCUGGGGAUGGAGGAACACAAGAAAGCCAUGAUACUCAGGGACACCAGCUGAAAGAGCAGAGUCAGUCGAGCUGCUUUCCUGAGAGUGUUGACCACAUGAAGACGCAGGUGGUCGGAUACCCCCAUAGGGAAACUGACAAAGUGGAAACGACAGCUGAGAUAAAAGAGAAAGAGGGAGGUUUGAAUUUUCUGGAAAAAACUGAAAUUGAUGAGCAGGGAAAGUCAGAGGAGAAGCUUGAGCUGCAGAGCGACAAAGAUGAAACAGAUGCAUCUGCUGUUGAUCAUAGCGAGGAAGAAACACAAAACCCUACUGAGCUAGGAGAUAAACCUGAAUGUUUGUGUGAUCAGAUGUGUGUGACAACUGAGAGGGAGGAAAGAAAAGAGGACAUAAACGUUGACGAGGAAAUGAAAACUGAGGAAAAAUCUGAGGAUGAUGUGCAGAAACAAAGUGAAAAAAAAGAGGAUGUGAGUCUGGAGUCACCCGUUGACUGGACAGAGGGGAGCAGACUGGCCUUCUGUAAUGGAGAUGACCAGGAACAAAGAUUUACUUCAUUCACAAAAUGCUCUCCGCAGCACCACAGCAUUGAAGUGUAG